GGGGUGGUGAGGUGGCUCUGCGGGAGGGCCUGGCCCAGCCCUCCAACCCAGGGCCCACCCCUCAGCCCGCCCCCAGACUGGGUGGGGUGACCCCUACAGAAGCUCCGAGUUGCCAGCAGCAGCUGCUUCCUCCUAGACUCAGAGAGUCCCACACCCCGAGUCGGGAAGUCGGGAAGUUUGGAGGAUGAGGAUGAGGCCCGUCAGCCCUGAGGUUUCCCGAGGCCGGCCCUGUGCCCUGGCAGCCCACCUGCGUCCCAGCUGCGCCCUCUUCCUGACCCUGCUCGGCAUGGCCGCGGGCUCCAGGGGCCCCGUGGUGCCCAGCCAGCCCUUCACCACCGUCUGGAACGCCAACACGCAGUGGUGCCUGGAGAGGCACGGCGUGGACGUGGACGUCAGUGUCUUCGACGUGGUGGCCAACCCGGGGCAGACCUUCCUGGGCCCGGACAUGACCAUCUUCUACAGCUCGCAGCUGGGCACCUACCCCUACUACACGGCUGCCGGGGAGCCCGUGUUCGGUGGCCUGCCCCAGAACGCCAGCCUGGACGCCCACCUGGCCCGCGCCUACGGCUUCCCUGGCUGCUACAACUACGACUUCCUAAACCCCAACUACACGGGCGAGUGCCCGCCGGGCGUCCGUGCCCAGAACGACCAGCUGGGCUGGCUGUGGGCCCAGAGCCGUGCCCUCUACCCCAGCAUCUACCUUCCCGUGGCGCUGGCGGGCACAGGGAAGGCACAGAUGUACGUGCGGCACCGAGUGCGUGAGGCGUUCCGUGUGGCUGGGGGUGCUGGGGACCCCAGUCUGCCGGUGCUGCCCUACGUCCAGAUCUUCUAUGACAUGACCGACCGCUUUCUGUCCCUGGACGAGCUGGAGCACAGCCUGGGGGAGAGCGCGGCCCAGGGAGCAGCGGGAGUGGUGCUCUGGGUGAGCUGGGAGAACACGAAAACCAAGGAAUCAUGCCAGGCCAUCAAGGAGUACGUGGACACCACGCUGGGGCCCUUCGUCCUGAACGUGACCAGUGCGGCCCGUCUGUGCAGUGAGGCCCUGUGCUCCGGCCAUGGCCGCUGUGCCCGGAGCCCCAGCCACCCCGAGGCCCUCCUCUUCCUCAACCCCACCAGUUUCGCCAUUGAACUCCCACCUGGCGGUGGGCCCCUGACCCUACGAGGUGCCCUCUCCCCUGAGGAUCGGGAACGGAUGGCGGUGGAGUUCAAAUGUCACUGCUACCCGGGCUGGAGGGGAGCCUGGUGUGAGCAGCGGGGCAUGUGGUGACUGGCCACACCCCAGGUGCACCACCCAGUCCUGUAACAGUGCGCUCUGGGCCUGGCCCAGGCUUCCCCAAGGGUAGGCCCAGCUACACAAGUCACGGCCACACUCGGGGGUACCGCCAGGAGCAUCUGCCUGCCAUGCUCACAUACUGCCCGGGAGUCUCUGACCCACCUCCGGGUCUCAAACAUCACCUCCAGAGACGGGGCUGCCCGUCCUUAAAUGCAGCGACCACCCAGCCCUGUGCUGAGCAUGUGGAGGGGCCUAACUCCUUCAGCCUCAGGCGCCGCUAAGAGGGCGCUGAGCAAGCCCGGAGGGAGCGCACUGCGCCAGGUGGCACCGCCAUAACGGAGCAGCUGGGAUUCCCACCAGGCGUCUGCUGUAGGGUGGCGCCCCUGGCUGCGCCCGUGGGGAUGGCCAGCAGCCCGAACCCUGUAAAUAAAGCCGACAGACGUGCUUCUCA